GCCCCGGUGCCUCCCUCUCUGCUUCCCCGGCCAGGCAAAGGCUGCCCUGGUGAACUGGUGGCCUCAGAAGCCGGAGCCAUGGGCAUCGCGGGCCGUGGGGCACACCUGGGGCUGGCCCUGCCGCUGCUGCUGCUGCUGCUGCUGUCUGUGCCCUGGCUUCGGGCGGCCGUGCCCCGGGCCCCACCGCUCUUCAACAUCAGCCUGGACGCGGCCCCGGAGCAGCGCUGGCUGCCGAUGCUGCAGCACUACGACCCGGACUUCGUGCGCGCCGCGGUGGCGCAGGUCGUCGGCGACAGGGUUCCCCAGUGGGUACUGUCGAUGAUCAGAGACGUGGUGUCCAAGGUGGAGAGCUUCCUGCCUCAGCCCUUCACCGACGAGAUCCGCGGCGUCUGCGACUUCCUGAACCUCAGCCUGGCCGAGGGCAUCCUGGUCAACCUGGCCUACGAGGCCUCCGCGUUCUGCACGAGUAUUGUGGCUCAAGACUCCCAGGGCCACAUUUACCACGGCCGGAACCUGGACUACCCUUUUGGAAACACCUUACGAAAGCUGACAGUGGACGUGCAGUUCAUAAAGAACGGGCAGAUUGCAUUCACGGGAACUACUUUUGUUGGCUACGUAGGAUUGUGGACAGGUCAAAGUCCAUACAAGUUUACAGUUUCUGGUGAUGAGCGAGAUAAAGGCUCGUGGUGGGAGAACAUGAUCGCUGCGCUUUCUCUGGGACACUCUCCCAUCAGCUGGCUUAUCCGCAAGACCCUGAGUGACUCAGAAAACUUUGAAGCAGCUGUUUACACUCUGGCCAAGACCCCCCUCAUUGCUGACGUUUAUUACAUCGUUGGGGGCACAGCACCCCGAGAGGGAAUAGUCAUCACCAGGGACAGAGGUGGCCCCGCAGACAUUUGGCCUCUUGACCCUCUGAAUGGAGCGUGGUUCCGAGUUGAGACAAAUUACGACCACUGGAAGCCUGUGCCCAAGAGGGAUGACCGAAGAACACCAGCCAUCAAAGCCCUCAAUGCCACCGGGCAAGCUCAUCUCAGCAUGGAGGCCCUCUUCCAGGUUUUAUCUGUGUUUCCCGUUUAUAACAACUACACGAUUUACACCACAGUGAUGAGCGCUGCCCAGCCUGACAGGUACAUGACUAGGAUCAGAAACCCAAGAUGAAGGUGAUUUAUUGUCGAAGACCUGCACUUAAAAGGCUAAGACAGAGUGAAGGUAUUGCACUGUUUUAUGAGCAACGCAGGUUCCUUCCUCACCCGGCUCUUCUGCCUUGUGGGUGUGGGGGACUCUCAGCCCGUGCCUGCAGAAGUGGAGGCUAGUCUUGCAUCCUCCUCAUUUCCCGAUCUUCCCUGAGCUUCGUUAACAACCCACCCUGAACAACUCAGAUUAUCUGGUCACAGGCUUCGUCCAACGAGUCAGAGCGCCCAUGAUUUUCUGUUCGUCCUUCUGCCUUUCUGCUAAAGCCAAUGGCUGUCACGUGGAGGAUUGUGGACAAGCCUGCUAGGAAAGUUUCUCCUCAGGCUGGGGUGCAGCUCAGUGGCAGAGUUUACCUAUGUGAAGCUCUGGGCUCCAUCUGUAGCACCACCAAGGAACGAACUAACUAACCAACCAAGUAAACAAACAAACAAAUAAAUAAAAAAAAAGUUUUUUCUGAAGAGUGGAGAUCUCUAGUUUUAGCGGAAUUUGCUCAAAUGUAUGUUCAUCUGACCUUUGAUUUCCUGUUUGCAUAUAGUGGAAACUCACUUUUUGUAAACUUCUAAUGUAUUUCUUUAAUGUGGAUCUUAUUUUGUUUUGUUUUGUUUUUAAAAACUACUUUCUUACUACUUUUGAAAAUUAUAUGACACCAAAUAAUCUCCUGUCGCCUUUUAUCUUUUGUUAAUAAAAUGUCAAAAGAUGCUGUCAGAGUGAAGAAAAA